CCCAACAUUACCCACCAUCCAUCCACUGCUACAGUAACAUUUCCCCAAUCGGUGGGUUACCGAACCCCCGUCGCCGCCUACGCCGCCGCCGCCGUCGCGUCCGACGAACAAUCGCAUCCUACGCCGCCGCCUCAAGCCAAGCGUCACCAUGGAGGAGAAGAGCUCUCGGCACAAGAAGGCAAGGGCGACCAACCCUCCGGCGUCGGCGCAGGAGGCAGUUCCGGUGGCGGAGGCGGCCAGCCUCCUGACGGACGACCUCAUCGUGGAGAUCCUCUCCCACCUCCCCGCCAGGUCCGUCCACCGCUUCAAGUGCGUCUCGCCGUCCUGGCGCGCCCUCAUCACGGACCCCGCCAACCGCAAGAAGCUGCCCCAGGCCCUCGCCGGCUUCCUCUACAGCACCUUCCACAGGAGAGACCCCCACUUCCAUGAAUUCCACUUCGCCAACAUCUCCAACAGCCCAUCCCCGCCGGUUGACCCGCUCCUCCCUUUCUUGCCAUCCGACAAGUACCUGUACGUCAACCAGCUGGACACCUGCAAUGGCCUCCUCCUCUGCCGCGUCCACAUGGCCCCUUCUUCUCCUUCCGGGGACGAGAAUACGCCGGUUGAAUCCCAUUACAUCGUGUGCAAUCCGGCCACCGGGAGGUGGGUCGACCUCCCCCCUCACCCUGAGGCGCCUCCUGACAGCUUCGUCUUCGCUCGUUUGGCUUUUGAUCCAGCAGUCUCCUCCCAUUUCCGUGUUCUUCAAUUUGAGAACAGCGAUCUGAAGAAAUACGUCACAGGAGUCAACAUAUACUCUUCGCAAACUGGAGCCUGGAAUCAUAGAGAAAGUCGCUUGUUUGAGAAAAUUACCCUCUUCGCCGGCCUUUCCGGUGUCUUCUUUCACGGUAUGCUACACUUGCUUGGUUGGCUGCACCACCCCCUGUACAUGGACGAAAAUUUUGUGCUGGUAGCAGUGGACGUGGAGGGGCAGGUGUGGAAGACUACCCGUUUGCCUUCACGUGGUUUGGGUUUUGGUAGAAUUGGAUUGUCACAGGGGUGCUUGCACUAUGCUAGCAAAGUCCUACCUACUGUUGACAAUAACAAGAAGAAGAAGAAGAAAAAGGAGGAGGAUACAUCUCUAGCUGCCGAGAUAGCAGCAGUCUGGUGCAUGAAGGAUUAUGAUAGUAAGGAAUGGAUUUUGAAGCAUAGUGUCACCAUUGCUGAGUUAUGGAGCAUAACUUCGGCAGAGUUCGAUGUUGCUGCUAUUCAUCCAGACCGCGGCAGCAUUUUCUUGUAUUCAUAUGAUGAUGAUACAUUGGCAUCAUACGAUAUGCAACAUCGACUUCAUCGUAUCCUUCAUCUCGAGGAAAACAACACAGCAAUAUUUCUACCCUAUGUUCCACUCUUCUCAGACUCAUUUGCAGGUGCAGAUGGGCAGUAGUGUUACCUAGGAGUCAAGUUUGUGUUUCCUUCAAGAAUGGGAUCUUCUUUAGGCUAAACUAUUUGUCUGUUGGAUUUUUGAAUCGACUUAAAUUAUGUCAUUCGAUUUGCUGGUGGUUAUGUGCUCCUUUGAGCUUGAUUUUUCUGUUUGCAGCAAUCCUUGGUAACCUUAGAGAUUAAGCAUAUUGCAGUUUUCAAAGAAGAUUGUUAAGCUAUUGUCCUAGGUACAAAUUAGUUUCAUGUGGCUAAAGUAUUCUAAAAUCUGGUUUUCAUAGCCAUGAUAUGUAAGGAUUAUGUGACCUAAAUCCUAAUAUUACUUAGUGUAAUUUGUGUA